UUUUCUUAUAAUGCUCGCCUCACUCGCAGUGCGAUCGCGAUCGCUGCCUCGGCUUGAGCGCACUGCUGCUGCUCUCCACCUGCGGCUGGAGCAGUCUCCUCCUCCUGCUGCUGCUGCUGCUCUUGCUGCUGGAGCGUGCACUGGAGCACAACAGCGCCGCCUUGCCAGCCUCGUCGCCGCCGACCACCCACCACCCGCCAGUCCUCGGAGUCGCCCCUCCUCAUCCUCCUUGCAUGCUCUGUCAGCUCGUGUUGGUGGCGGACUUGCGAGUGGCCGCGCUCUGUGCACCGUUCAGCAGUGGUUUCCGACCUCGCCUCAUGCUCCCGCCCGAGUCCAAUCCCAAGUCCACUCCCAAGCGAGCCGGUCAUUCACGAGUGCAAGCACCGCUUCGCGCGAUACGACUGCUGGGCCGGGCCGCUCGUUGCGUGGCGCUGCGGUGACGACUGAGCUUGCGCCGCUGACGCCGCUCUACAUGGCUGCGACCAAGAACGACGAGCUCAACGUGCAGCGGUUACUGCGCAUGCGACAAGUGCGCGACACAAUGCUCAACGCCCAGAACAAGGACGGAUUCACUGCGCUGAUUAGCGCGGCGUCGAACGGAUAUACUGGCAUUGUCCAAAUCUUGCUGGACGCCGGCGCCGACGUGCACCUGACGACCCGCACUGGUGUCAAUGCCUUGUUUGGUGCUGCACGGAAUGGUCAUGCACAUCUCAUUCCCGUGCUGGCCAGUCGCGGGGCCCGAGUGGACCAGCCCAACAACCGCGGAUGGACGGCGCUGCUCACGGCGUGCAAAGAAGGCCACGCUGAUGCCGUGGCGGCGCUGCUGCAGGCGGGCGCCAAUCCGAAUUACGUAUCGCCCGAUGGCACAGCGUGCAUCUUUCAAGCAGCCGCUUUUGGACACGAUGCCGUCAUAUCAAACCUACUGAAGCACGGCGUGCGGCCCGAUGUGAAGGACUCUUCCGGAAACACGCCUCUGAUGCGUGCCGCGGCGGAAGGCCAGCUGUUUGCCGUGCGCGCGCUGCUUGCCGGUGGUGCCGAUAUCAACGCGCGAUCGCAUGGCGGGUGGACGGCACUCAUGGCUGCCAGUCAACGGGGGCAAGAGAGAAUCGUGGUGGAUCUCAUCAAGGCGAAGGCGGACGUGAAUCUCAUCACCACGACCUCCGACCACGCGGCUCUUUUCUACGCCAUCGUUCGACAGCACAGCUCUGUUGCGCGCGUUCUCAUCCUGGCAGGAGCUGAUGUGGCGCAUGCGGCAAAGUGGCUGAAACAAGACGACCUCGACCGACUGAAUACUGCCGUGGCCGACGUGGCGCGUAUUCGUAGUGCCCACCAGCAAAGUCAGCAACAAUCUCAGCAGCAAGCUCAGCGGCAGCAGCAGCAGCAGCAGUCGCAAUCCGUACCUCAGCAACGACAACCACAAUCUGCCGCUCAAGUAUCGCAACCGCGUUCGUCCAGUAGUUAAAUUCUUCCAAUGGUUUUCCUCCAAAAGCUCGCUCCGUGCAGCUCAGCUCACUUUUGUGAGUUUUGUGAGGCAUUCGACCCACGUUGCAAAAAGUGUGGCGCAAUGUCGCGCAAUAAAUCACUAUUAGCUCCUACAGCAC